AUGCUCUCUGUCAAGAGCAGGCGAGCAGACUGCACUACUGCAGACCAGCAGACAACAAUCAGCCGUCAGCCCGUCACCAGCCGAGGCGCCAAGCAGCCCGAGCUGAAGGCUGAAGCAGUUGCUCUAGACUACAUUGGAAAACAUGGCGCAACAGUUGGUGUCACUCGAGAAAAGAGAAUUAAAUAUGCAAAAGAAAUACUUCAAAAGGAAAUGUUACGUGUUGGGGAAUUAUGUGAAACUAAGAAGGCAUACUAUUUUGGGUAUAUUAUUCACCGCCUACUGAUGUGUGCUCUUAGUCGAAGAGCUGAGGAUGACCGAGAUCAUUAUGGAAACAAAAGACUAGAUCUUGCUGGUCCACUGCUUGGAGGGCUGUUUAGAAUGCUUUUCAGGAAGUUAACAAGGGAUGUGAGAUCUUACAUGCAAAAGUGUGUAGAUAAUGGAAAGGAAGUUAAUUUUCAAUUUGCUAUCAAAGCAAAAACUGUUACCAGUGGCUUGAAGUACUCACUUGCUACUGGAAACUGGGGACAGGCUAACCAAGCUGGAACCAGAGCAGGGGUUUCUCAGGUGCCUAUUUUUUUCUUCGCUUCUAUUCUCAUUUUUUAAGGCACUACAUCUGACUUACGUGAC